GUGUAGUAUAGACGCACUACAGUUUCGUUCGCUCUGCUCACGUGGACUGAAGAGCUUAUUAUUCUUGUUAAUAAACUUCAGGUUUUAUUUCAUUCUUGCUCUCCAGCGUGACUGUAAAAUGGGUUCCAAGAAUAAACAGAAUUCAGAAACAGAGAACCAGGUGUCUCUGCCGGUCCGUUGUGGUUUUGGCUGGUUAAUGUUUUUAGCUGAAGUGCUGCUGUUUGGUGCUCUCGGCCUCUGUAUCUUCUGGAUCGUUCAUUAUGGUGGCGGUAUAGCAUGGGCCAACGAUACUUCCAAACAGUUUAAUUUGCACUAUAUUCUUAUGGUUGGAGGGUUUAUCUUCCUCAAUGGACAAUCCAUUUUAGUGUUCAGGAACUUUCCCUGCUGUAAAAUAAUCUAUAACAAGGUGUUACAUACCAUCUUCUACGUAUUGGCCAUCUCAGCCAUCACAAUCGGGUUAGUGUCGGCCAUCCAAGCCCACAAUAAUAGUCCAGACUCCAAACAUUUUUACAGCAUCCAUUCCUGGAUUGGACUAGGCACUAUGGGCCUGUUUGCCCUUCAGUUCAUCUUUGGGUUCAUCGUUUUCUUGAUCUUGUUGUGCUGCGACGCCGCAACAACCAAGUUUCGGGACCAACUCCUGCCAACCCAUGUGACAUUUGGGCUGAUUAUUUUCAGCAUGGCUGUCGCUGCAUGUGUUACAGGCCUGACCCAAACUGCUCGCCACAGACUCAGCACUAAGCUACUCAAUGAACACUAUCUGUACUCCGAAUUGUGGGGUUUAAGCCCUCGAGAUUACCGUUGA